AGCAGCUGUCAUUGGUUUGUUUAUUGUUUCCAUUUUUGCGAAAUUUUGUCGAUUCCGCUUUUCCCAUCAUAUCCGUAACUAUGGACGACGGAGAGUGUGACGACUCGUUUGAUACAGAAUUGGCGAACAUUGAAUUUCCGCCCGAUGUUCCGAAAAUACCAAAAAUCUCACCUGCAAAACCAGCUCAAAGCAAAGUCGCUGAUCCAACGCCCGAAGUCGUUGCUGCAGCCAAACAAACUCCUGCCAAUCCGCACUGUAUCCUUGUCAAUCCUAAACAGCGAGGGAAUCCCAUCUUGAAGUCUAUCCACAACGCUCCAAUUGAAUUUCGGGAAAUUGUCCCGGACUACAUUGUGGGCCGAACCACCUGCAUUUUGUAUCUAUCCUUGAAGUACCACAACCUCAACCCGGACUACAUUUGCCAGAGACUGAAGAAUCUGGGGAAGCAGUUUGAACUCCGAGUCCUGCUAGUGCAAGUUGACAUGCCGGAACCAUAUGACGCUUUAAAGAACCUUACCCGGGUCAGUCUACUCGCCGACCUCACAUUGAUGCUCGCCUGGAACGCCGAGGAGGCUGGAAAAAUCAUUGAAACGUACAAAUUGUUCGAGAAGCGACCGCCCGAUCUGAUAAUGGAACGCGUAGACUCAAAUCCCCAUCAGAAGUUGGUCUCAGCGCUAACCAACAUCAAGCCAGUCAACAAAACGGAUGCAGUUACUUUGCUACAAAAUUUCGGGAGUUUGGAGAAAAUCAUCAACAGCACGGAAGACAGAUUGUCCCUUUGCACCGGCCUGGGACCGAGAAAGGCAAAGAAGUUGCACAAAACAUUGCAAGAACCAUUUAUGGCGAGCAAGUGAAUCAAUUGAGUUGAUAAGCUCCAGUUGAUAAGUGUAGGAUAG